CUCGCUUUGCGUGACCGCGGCAGGUUGGUCCUGGAGCAGAUGAGCGCAGAAUAUUUAGGCGAAAGCGCGAGGAGGGGGGAGCGCGGGGCAGGAGGAGUACCUCGGCCGAGAAAAUUAUGCAUGCGUUAGGGAAGCUCUAGGAGAAUGGCUGUGGAAGCUCUCCACUGUGGCUUGAAUCCACGGGGUAUUGAUCACUCUGCCCGUGCCGAAGGUAUUAAACUACAGAUUGAAGGUGAAGGUGUUGAAUCUCAAUCCAUUAAAAACAAAAGUUUUCAGAAGGUGCCUGACCAAAAAGGAACCCCCAAGCGACUGCCAACGGAAGCUGAGACCGCUAAGUCAGCCACGGUGAAGCUGUCAAAACCAGUGGCUCUGUGGACUCAGCAGGAUGUGUGCAAGUGGUUGAAGAAACACUGUCCGAAUCAGUAUCAGAUCUACAGCGAGUCAUUCAAACAGCAUGACAUAACUGGGCGAGCCCUGCUGAGACUCACUGACAAAAAGCUCGAGCGGAUGGGGAUUGCCCCGGAAAACCUCCGGCAGCACAUCUUACAACAGGUGCUCCAGCUGAAGGUGCGAGAAGAAGUCAGAAACCUACAGUUACUCACACAAGCCUCAACUGAGGGUUCUCCAUAACGUGGUUAGCCUUCCAGGCUACUGUCCUGCCAGUUGAUAUGAACAUGGCCUGUUCCUCACAAAAGACUAACUCAUGGCACCUGCCAGAAGAUAUCCAUGGAGGAUUGACAGAUUAACCAGAUUAAUUGAAAAAAGAACUAUGCAUUCAGUCAAGAUGAUGGGCUUUGGAAAAAUCUUAGCUUGCUGUGGAUUUUAAAAUGAGGUGCAUAAUAUACAGUGCCAACUUGUUCCAAGUGGUCAUUGGCAGACCAUUAGCUGGAAAAUUGCUUCCAGUCUUCAUCACUGUGCAUAACUCAAGCUCCCUUUGGGGGGCUGUCUGUGCCCUUCACUAGAAGUCCUAUGUUAGCAUGGCAACUACUGGA